CAUUUCGAAAUAUUAGAUAACGGAAUCAAUUAAUCAAUCCUUUAAUUCAUCCUCAUCCUAAGUUCAAUUUUAAAUUCUUUUUAAUAUGAAGAAGUUUAAAUUUUGGCUUCUUUUAAUAUGUCUUAUUAGUUUAUUCUUAUUCUCACAUAAUAAUGUUGUUAUAGCCGAAGAAAGUGGUGAACAACAAGAAGAAGACUCAAUAAAACAAGCCGUUAAUGAAACUUCUGAAACUCCUAAAUUUAUUGUUCAAGGUGAUGAUAAUAGUUAUGGUUUUACCGAAGAAGAAACUGAAAAAAUUAAAGUUACUGGAGAAAAAUUUGAAUUUCAGACUGAAGUUAGUCGAUUGAUGAAACUUAUCAUCAAUUCAUUAUAUAAGACACGUGAAAUUUUCCUAAGAGAACUUAUUUCCAAUGCUUCUGAUGCUAUUGAUAAGAUAAGAUUCUUAUCACUUACAGAUCCAAAUGCAUUAGAAGGUGCUUCAACUUUAAACAUAACAAUUUGGGCUGAUAAACAAAAUAAAAUUUUAACAAUUGCAGAUAGUGGUAUAGGAAUGACCAAGAAACAACUUAUAGAAAAUCUUGGUACAAUAGCAAAAUCAGGAACAUCAGAAUUUUUAAAUGCUUUUGAAGAAAAUAAAGCUGAUAUGAAUUUAAUAGGACAAUUUGGUGUAGGAUUUUAUUCUGUAUUUUUAGUUGCUGAUAAAGUAAUUGUUACAACAAAAAAUAAUAAUGAAGAUAAACAAUAUAUUUGGGAAUCAACAGCUGUUAAUGAUUUUACUAUAGCUGAAGAUCCUAGAGGAAAUACAUUAGGUCGUGGUACUCAAAUAAAAUUAUUUCUCAAAGAUGACGCUCUUGAAUUUCUUGAGGAUAGUACUUUACGUGGUCUUAUCUUGAAAUAUUCUGAAUUUAUUAAUUUUCCAAUUUGGUUAUGGACAACACAAUCUCAAGUUGUUGAGUAUAAAGAAUUAGAUGAUGAUGCAGAUAAAAAUAAAGAAUCUACUGAUGACAAGAAAGAAAAUGAUGAUUUAGAUCAACCUGAAGUUGAAGAUGCUGACAAACCUGAAGAGAAAAAAGAAAGGAAAACUAAAACUAUUGAAGUACCAGGAUGGGAACUUAUGAACACUCAAAAACCUCUUUGGACUCGUGAUCCAAAGAACAUUACUGAUUUCGAAUAUGAGAAGUUCUAUAUGUCAUUCGCGAAAGAUAGUAAUUUACCUCUCGCUUGGACUCAUUUUAAGGCUGAAGGAGAAGUUGAAUUUAAGUCUAUCGUGUAUAUUCCAGGCAAAGCUCCAGAAGGUCUUUACCAAAAAGUUCAAGAUUUCUCUCGUAAUGUGAAAUUAUUCGUAAAACGCGUAUUUAUCACCGAUGAAUUCCUUGAUUUCGUUCCAAAAUAUUUGGCGUUCAUUCGCGCCAUUAUCGACGCCGAUGAUUUACCUUUGAACGUGUCACGUGAAACCCUUCAACAACAUAGAACUCUUCAAUUAAUUAAGAAACGUGUCAUUAAAAAAGCUUUAGAUUUAAUUACAGAUUUAUCAAAGGAUGAAGAAAAAUUCACAACCUUCUUGAGUGAAUUUGGUACGAGCUUGAAAAUUGGAGCUAUUGAAGACAAUAAAAAUCGUAAAAAGAUAGCACAAGUAUUAAGAUUCCCAAGUUCAUAUGAAGGAUCAAAUUCAACCACACUUGAUGAUUAUAUUAGUAGAAUGAAAAAAGGACAAGAUAGCAUGUACUUUAUCACCGGAGCUUCUGUCGAAGAAGUUCAAAACUCUCCUUUUGUUGAAGGAUUAGUUGCAAGAGGUUAUGAAGUUUUAUAUAUGGUUGAACCUAUUGAUGAAAUGUUGGUUCAACAUAUGCCCGGUCAUGGUGGUAAAAUGUUCAAAAAUGUUGCCAAAGGUGAAUUCAAAUUUGGAGAUGAUGAUUUGGCUGAACUUGAACAAUUGAAAACUAAAUUCACCAAGUUGAUUGAUGAAAUGCAAUCUACUCUUAGCGAUCAAGUUGAAAAAAUUCAAGUUUCUGCACGUCUUACGACAUCACCUUGUGCUGUUGUCGCUACCGAUUGGGGUUGGACUGGACACAUGGAAAAGAUUAUGGCCGCUCAACCUUUCAAACAAGAAAAUCCUUUAUUAAAAGAGUUUUAUGCUAAACAAAAGAAAAUUCUUGAAAUUAAUCCUAAUCAUCCAUUAAUUAUUGGAUUAUUGGAUAAAGCUGAAAAUGAGUCCUUUGAUGCAAAUACUAGAGAGAUGGUUCGUGUAUUAUAUGAAACUACAUUAAUUCGAUCUGGAUAUUCACUUAAAGAUAAUUUAAAAUAUGCCGCACGUGUUGAAAAAAUUAUUCGAUCAAAUUUGGGAGUUGACCUUAACGCGGAAGCUGAGGUUAAUGUUACACCUGCGGAAGAAGCUGACAAAGAUGAAAAUAAAGGAAAAACUGAAACCACGGAUUUAUUUGAAGAACAAGAUGAAGAAGAAUCUGACCCUACUAAACCUUCUAGAGAUGAAUUAUAAACAUUAUAACUUUUUAAAUAUAUAUAUAUAUAGUAUAAUGCAUUUUGUAGAUUAUAAUAAUUUAACGAAAUUUAAUUUAACGAAAUAAAAAAAAAAAAAAAAAAAAA